AUGUUGAAGAGUGUUGGAAGGAUAUCUGCUAAGUUUCCAACAAGAAUCUGUCUAACUCCGUUGACUAAGAGGUUCUAUCAGUUACCUAUUGGUUCACGUAAAAUUGUACCAGUGUAUCCACCUGUUCAAACUGAACCUGCUGUUAAGAAUGCUACUUUGUUACAGAAACUAUCUGAAAUAGACUUGAAAGAAAACCUAGAUACUGAUGGUUGGAGAUUUAAUUUGAUCGACAAAAAUAAAAAGGAUUGCAUUAGAGCGGGAGAUAUUAUCAGAAUUGUCUAUAACAAAGAAAAAUGUUCGUAUGACAACUUCAUUGGUUACAUUCUAUCUGUUGAUCGUAAAGAAAGAAUACAGGAUGCAUCCGUUCUAUUGAGAAACCAGAUAUCCAAAGUUAUGGUCGAGGUUAGAGUCCCAUUGUUUUCUCCCCUAGUAGAAAGAGUAGAUAUCUUGAAGAGAGCGGAUGGUUCUAGAAAGAGAAACAAACAUUAUUAUAUUAGAGGUACUAAGUUGGAUGUUGGUAAUUUAGAAUCUAAAUUGAGAAAGAAAUAG